CCCCCGGUUUUUGGUGCAAGCGUUCCCGUGCAACCUUGUGUUCAACAAAGCAAUGGAUGUUCUUCAAAUUGUAUACCUGGACCCUCUGAUAUUGCCCAGGUAUGCUGUGAUGGAAGCAGCUGCGAAUCUCAGAGGCCGAGAGUGUCUCCUGGUCAGCUACGAGUGAUAACAGAUCUUGCUCUUCGAGGAUUGUGUAGGCAAUUGAGGUCCUUGGGUGUGGAUGCCAAAAGCAUAACGGACGGAGAACCGCGUCAGAAAUGCGUCGAGUAUCACCGUCUUGAAAAACGUGUUAUUCUCGCGAAGCAGGGGAAAUCGUACCGUGACUUGUGUGGUUAUGUGCUCCCGUCUGUGAUCCUCUGCAUCAAGUACAACAAAGUACCUGAACAAGUGAUGCAAGUCGUUCGCGCUUUCAAUCUGAAAAUCACGAAGGACCAGAUUUUUUCUAGAUGCGCUAGCUGCAAUGAGGAGCGGUUCUUGGGAAUACACGGACAGGUCAUGUCAGUGAUGGCCGACAAAGUUGUCCCUUUGCGGCCAAUGGAUUCUGAUGGGAACCAAUUCGAUGAUCGACUUGAAGAUUCGUGUGCUCAGCUUUUAGCUUUAGGGAGGGCGAAGAGAAUUUGUGGGCUGACUCGAAAGGAAAUUGCCGAGGAAACGGAAAAGCAUGGCGUUGGCAAUUGGCGAAGUGUUGGCCAACUCGGUUGGACUCGGGUUAUCGGCGGCUUCGUCAAUGUGAAAACCGGGAAGCUUCUGAACGGACGCAGGUUAGCUUGUGGCCAUGGUGGAGCGUUACGCGUCGAGCACACGUCGGUAGAGACGAAUAUGUUCUUCGUUUGUUGCCGUUGUGGGCAUGUUUUCUGGGAAGGGUCUCAUCUCCGUAAUUUUAUUCGCACGUAUUCGGAAACUUACGGAUUGUGUUUGUCAGAUUAGAAAAAGUGGAGGAAAUUUGAAAUGUUUUUCAGUUAAUUUGAUUCAAAGGAAUUGAUGAUCCAAGUAAAAUCUAAAAUCGAAAGAUUCUGGUCAUUUUUGGCGUUUUCAACAAUAUUCGAGCUGAAGAAAUUGAAACGAGUUGGAAUUAUUUUCUGAUAUUUUCCGGAGACAGGUACUGUACUCUUAAAAUGUUUAAACUAAAAUUGUGGCAUACCAUAUGUUUAACAAGCGACCCUUAUUCCGUUGCCGAUGUGUGGCAGAUGAAAGCAUUUAAGUCCUGUUGAAAUUUCAAUUUUAAGUUCGAGGCAAGUGAUCUGUGUUGAAGAACAAAGGUUAAAGAAAUAAAACUAUCACUUUCAAAAUCAA